CUGUCUUCUUCGUACUUGUCUCACAACAGAAAGCAGCUGUAAACAGCACUAGAAGAACUUCCACCACAGUCUUUGAAACCAUGGCACAGACUCAAAAGGAGAAGUUGGAUGUCCCUUAUUGCACUGAGUUCUCAGAUGGAUUUGGCAAAGGAAAAAUUGUAAAGAUCCGAGGUUCUGUGCUCAAGGAUGGGAAAAGUUUUGCUGUAAGUUUCCUGUGCGGAAAGGAAGAAAAAGCCGACAAUGCCUUGUUGGUUUUGGUCAAGUUGGAUGGCUCAAGUGAGAUGGUGUUGAACAGCUUCCUGAAUAAAAACUUUGGAAAGGAAGAAAAGCAUAGCAAACUCCCUUUUGCUAAAGGGCAGGAGUUUCAGCUGGACUUUAUCUUUGAAGAAGAGGCCUGCAAGGUGGUGGUCAAUGAGGAGGAGACCUUCCAACAUAAAUAUCGCAUCCCUGCUGAGAAAAUACGCUUCCUGCAAGUGGAAGGAAAUGUGGAGCUGGAGUUCGUCAGGCUGCAGGAUGAAAAGGAUAACCAGCCAGAAGAUAAGAAUCAGUCAGCUGGCAUGCUGCAUUGCUACAGGCCCUGUGUGCCAUAUCCAUGUUGCCGACCUUGCCCUCCAUGUGUGACAUGGUAUGGUUGCUGUUAAUGCACUCCAUGUUGCUGUGGUUGUGUCGCAUAUUGAUGAUUUUAUGGCACAAUAAAAUAAUUGGGGGAACUUGGCUAAUCAUCUGUCAUGUGAACCUGCGUACUUACAUUUUGUCACCUACCUAAUCUAUUCCAACAGGGAAAAAAUUUGAUUCCUAUAAGAUUCUCCUCACUCUAUCUCAAGUUCUUUGAAUAUGAGAAUACUUGUCUUGAUACAUGAAUAAACAGCAUUGUUUUCUGAUCUAAA